AGGUGGGCGGAGUGGAAGGGUGAGGGUCCCAGCCAGGGAGCUGUGUGUCAGUUGGAGACUGAACUUGGGCCUGAGUUGAGGAGGGUGGUGUCGGGUGCUAAGAGAGGGAGGGGCAAGUUCCAAGCCGCCGCUGGGCCGGAACUGGGGGCCAGAAAGAGGAGGAAUGAACCAGAUUGGACCGCUAAGGGACUCGGCGUGAGAAGGAGAGGGGCGGGGCCUCGGCUGCGCUGGCCCCGAGGGGGCGGAGCUGAUUCCAGGCCGCAGCCAACUGCCGGUCCCAACGGCCCGCGGGUUGCGGCUUGCGAACUUCCUGGAUUUGUUUUCCUACCAUCUCUUACCGGCUUCCCGAAUCUGUCAACCCCGCCGCCAGACUCUCGAAGUCUCUGUCGCUGUGUUUCUUCGCUUUUCGUGGUUUGUGUCCGCGUCCGCAGUUUCUUUCCUGCCCCCGUCUCCCCGGGCUUGAUCAUUCUCCAGGGCUUCAGUGUCCGAGACGUGAGUGCUUGACCCAGCGACCAUAUCAGCCCGAGAGAGAUGGAGGAGCCGGGGUUCCGCGCAGAGGUCAUGGAAGAAGUGACAUCGUGCUCCUUCAGCAGCCCUCUGUUCCAGCAGGAGAACAAGAGAGGGGUCACCUACCGGAUCCCAGCCCUGAUCUACGUGCCCCCUGCCCGCACCUUCCUGGCCUUUGCAGAGAAGCGCUCCUCGAGCAAGGAUGAGGAUGCUCUCCACCUGGUGCUGAGACGAGGGUUGAGGACUGGGCACUCAGUACAGUGGGAACCCGUGAAGUCCCUGAUGAAAGCCACAUUACCUGGACACCGGACCAUGAACCCCUGUCCUGUUUGGGAGCGGAAGAGUGGCUGUGUGUACCUGUUCUUCAUCUGUGUGCGAGGCCAUGUCACCGAGCGUCAACAGAUUAUGUCAGGCAGGAAUGCUGCACGCCUCUGCUUCAUAUGCAGCCAGGAUGCUGGCUAUUCAUGGAGCGAGGUGAGGGACCUGACUGAGGAGGUCAUUGGCCCAGAGGUGACGCACUGGGCCACUUUUGCUGUAGGCCCAGGUCAUGGCAUCCAGCUGCAGUCGGGGAGGCUCAUCAUCCCUGCAUACGCCUACUAUAUCCCAUUCUGGUUCUCUUGCUUUCGGCUGCCACAUAAAGCUAGGCCUCAUUCCCUGAUGAUCUAUAGCGAUGACCUAGGAGCCACAUGGCAACAUGGCAGGCUUAUCAAGCCCAUGGUGACAGUGGAAUGUGAAGUGGCAGAGGUGAUUGGGAAGACCGGCCACCCUGUGCUGUAUUGCAGUGCCCGGACGCCAAACAGAUGCCGGGCAGAGGCCCUCAGCACUGACCAUGGUGAAUGCUUUCAGAAACCAGCCCUGAGCCAUCAGCUCUGUGAGCCACCUCAUGGCUGCCAAGGCAGUGUGGUGAGUUUCCGGCCCCUGGAGAUCCCAGGUGGAUGCCAGGAUCUUGCUAGCAAAGAAGCACCUGCCAUUCAGCGGAGUCCUCUGCUGUGCAGCUCAGUGUGGCCACAGCCGGAAACUGGAACCCUGUCAGAAUCAUGGCUCUUGUACUCACACCCAACCAGUAAGAAACGCAGGGUCGACCUAGGCAUCUACCUCAACCAGAACCCCUUGGAGGCUGCCUGCUGGUCCCGCCCCUGGAUCUUGCACUGCGGGCCCUGUGGGUACUCUGAUUUGGCUGCUCUGGAGAAUGAGGGCUUGUUUGGGUGUUUGUUUGAAUGUGGGACCAAGUGGGAGUGUGAGCAGAUCGCCUUCCGCCUGUUUACAGACCAAGAAAUCCUGAGUCACGUGCAAGGGGACUGCUCCACCCCUGGUAGGAACUCUGAGCCAAGUAACAACUAAUUGGCUUAGGACCCAACUUUGCAUAGAAGGCUACUAUAGAAGGCAAUCGCAGCCAGGACAGUGGAGGCCAGGAUAACAGAGGUUACUGAAGUCUGCAGAGAAACAAAAUGCCUAAUAUUCUGUUCCCUACCUGUUUUCACUGCUCAUUCUCCAAAGAGCAAAAUGAACAUCUUGCCAUAGCUACUGCAUUCGAAAGAGCACUGAACAGUGAGUUGAGAGACUAUGAUGUCAUCUUGGCUCUUCCACUGGCUUGCUUGGGGACCUUGGACAUGUCACCUGUACUCUCUGGGCCUCAGGUCUCCAUCUGUAAAAUGAGAGGGUCGGGUCUGUGAUUUCUCUUCUUCCCAUCCCUAGGAAAGGCAGUGUGCCUGCAUGCUCCCUGAUCAGCAAGUCCUGGCUGUAUAUAGGACUAUCUCAACAUGAAAGUCAUCAGGCUCAGCUUUUCAAAUGACUUGCCACUCAUCCAAGUAUGAGGUUACAAGCAGGUGUCAUGGCACAAAGGAGGAUGUGGGUGGACUGUCUUGUUUUUAAUAACAAAAGUGCUUACAUCCUUCUGAUCAUGUGCAAAGCUCUACAGACUCACUGUUCUAGAGGAAUCGGGCCAAGCAGCAGAAUUAUAGGUCACUUACCUUCUCCAGCUUUGCACCUCUGCUCAACCUUUCCUUCCUUGUCCAGAAAGCAUUACCUCUGAAGGAGAAAAAAGAUGUUCAAUGUCAGUGAUCUUCAAUAAUGGUACUUAAUGUUUCUGAUGGCAUGACUCCUAUGAGAGAUGAACUUGAAGUUCAUUUAUUAGGGUAGUUCUUGAUGAGAAAUAAACAUGGGUUAGGACUUCAAAGCAUUGGACAAAACUUCCCGCUAUCUCUGCUGUCAAGGAGUUCACAGUUUAGGGGGCUAGAAGAGGGAUAAAAUUCAAGAAAAUAAAUGUAGCUGGGGGAUAGUUUAUAGAUGUUAGGCUCUAAUGGGAGUGAUAGUAGCUGCUGAUGACAUUAUUUUAAUUGUCUCUUAAUUGUGCCUGGAGUCAUCUGCCCCAGAACUUGUCCAAACUGCUGUUUGUUUUUCUCAAAAUGUUGUCUUCACUCAGCCUUCUCUUUUAAUGGAGACGGUUGUCACCAUUCAGAAGGUCUCUGGAUUCACAAACCUCUGAAUCAAGCAUAUUUGUUUGGACCUACUGAAAUUUGGACCAUCUCUACUAUUAGUGAAGUAGAGAUGCUUCUUUAUCUAAUAGAUUUGGGACAAACUUUGCCAUUGCUGGUUCUCAGAUGAUAGCAGAUGGUUGCUGUUAUUUUAGAUCAUUUCCCCCCAUAAGCCUGUUACUGUGACAGAUACUCUUAUCAUGAGAGAUACCUUUUUUGUCACUAUUUUGGGAGGAUAAUGCCUUAAACAGGCAGCAGGUAAAUAUAUUUGGUGCUGAGUAAUGACCCUGGAGAGUAAGUCUUCAUCAUGGAACACAGCCUAGAAAGUUGGGGGAUGCAGUUGUACCAGUCAGAUGGCAGAGAGUCCUAUAGGAUGAAAGUAGAGAUUAACUUCACCUACUUUAGCAUAUGGCUUAAGCCCAGGGCUUAGUGGGGCUUUUAAAAAUCCCCUUAACCUCUCAUGUAUUUACUGAAGUUAAUACACAGUUAUGAUCAUUCACUUACUCAUUUGUACAUUUAUCUAAAUACUUCCAUAAUUGAGUACCUGUGUAUAAUGUGAGGUCCUUUCUAAUUGCCAGUCCCUGCUUGAAAAUUGCUUGUGGCUCCUCACUGCCUACUAAAGGGUGUUUACAUUUAGCCUGGCGUGUAGGACCUUCAGUUGUUGGUUGAACUAAUGAAUACUCCUCUCUUCUCUGUAUGAAGCUGACCUCUGUAUGAGGUCAGAGAAGACCUCGGUCGCUUUGGCAAGUGGCAGGGGCUGCGAUUUCAGAGUGGGCAGCGUUGGUGGCACAGGGAGGACCCGGGGAGGGAAGGACUGAAAGGGCAGCAGCCCCUCCCGACUAGAAACUCCGUGUUCAGCAAAGCUUUCCUGAGCACUACACCCCAGAUUGACAGAGAAGAUGGCUGGGUUCUAAAACGAGAGUUAAAGGACGGAGAAAAUGAGAAUACAAGGACUUCCUUGGGACCAUCCAAGAAGGGAGUCAAGGAAGGGAGCUCAGUCACAUGCCAGGGUGGACCACAGAUGCUCAGUUCUCGUGAGAAGUCUCAUCCAUCUUUAAAGUGCCCUCCCCUUUCUCCUUCCCCUCCGCUUCAGGUUUGCUUCUCCUCGGUGACUAGCAAUGAAAUUCUUAAUAGGUGAAGGGGGUCUGUGCAUAUUUCAAUAAUAGCAGGAAAAGAGGGUUGGACACGGGUAAUCCACAGUGAGGAUCAGAGAGCAGAACAGAGGGCUGAUGGCAGCUGUGAAGGAAAAGCACAGCAGGGAGGAGUCCUGACACCUUUAGGAAGGGAGAGAAAGGGGUACGCACAGGAAGCCCAGGCUGGAGAGAGGGUGUAGUUGCUGGCUGCUGGCUGCUGUUAAGAAGAAAUGACCACAGGCCAGAGCUGUUCCACAAAAUGUGUGGGAGGGAAGGAGGCCUGCACAGGUUGAGCUACAGACAAGUUCCAACCCAACGUAAAUUGAAGCUUGUCUCUGUGCCAGGUUACCAUCCAAAACAGCUGUAGUGUCGGUUACCCAAGGUCUUCAGGGCCCUGGGACCUAUACCAUGAUACCUGACUCCUAACUGAACCUGUUUCAGCCACAGUUGGGUUGGGAGAAUGGGAAAGAUAGAGCAGGUGAAGGCAGCUGUGAAGAAAAGAGAAAAGCAGACUAGGUGCCAGGAAGAGAGGACCGGCUAGGCUGUGGUCUGUGAGCUGAGAGGCCCUCCCCGUCAAGCACAGAUGACUCACCGCUGGGACUGCAGGAAGGCACAGUAGGCCCCUCCGUCUGCUGGUGUACACCCAGGCCAGCCUCCCACUUACUCAGCCUGCCGGUCCUGCUCAUGCUCCCUGCCUCCUGGUUCAUUCACUCUAAGCUCCUAACCUUUACCUUGUGUGUGUGUGUGUUAGUCGCUCAGUCAUGUUCGACUCCGUGACCCCAUAGACUAUAACCUACAAGGCUCCCCUGUCCAUGGAAUUCUCCAGGUAGGAAUACUGGAGUGGGUUGCCAUUCCCUUCUCCAGGGGAUCUUUCCGACCCAGGGAUCUAACCCAGGUCUCCUGCCUUGCAAGCAGAUUGUUGACUGUCUCAGCUACAGGGGAAGCCCUAACCUUUACCUUGGGCCCUUAUUUGGAUCUGUUUCUCCUGGUCACCAGUCUCCCCUCAUAUAUCCACAGGAUAUCAUGCAGCCACAUCCACAGAUUAGCGACCUUGCACCCUCCCUGUUGGGUAGCCCGAGGGAUGCUUGGAGGUCGGCCCACAGCUGCACAGCACCCCGCCCAAGGCAGUAGGAUCCAUUCCUUCCACUUUGGCCAACUGAGGCUGUUCAGUCUUCUCUAAGAAGCUGUGAGUUUUCCCUACUGUAUCAUCCAGUAUCUAUCAUGUCAUCCUUCCUGCGCUGCCAGAGCAUAUGGCAUGUGCUUUUCUUUGGUCCUUAGCACAGGCUGCCCAUAGGCCUCCACUAGGCUGUAAACUCUUUGAGGACCAAGUCUGUCUGCUUCCUUUCUGCAUCCUUUUUACCUUGAAUCAUGACUUAUUUUGUGAUAUUGCUAGCGUAUUCUGAAUUCCCUGAUGGUAAAGACUGUGUUUGAUUCCUCGCUUUGUCCUCUGCACCCAGCACAGGGCCUGGCACAGAAUAGGCAGCAGUAAAGUUGUGCUGAAUGAACAAAGGAGUCAGACUCUUGGCCUUCUGGAGCUAAUUGAGAGGCCAGGGCAUGUUUCCCCAUGGGAGGAGCAUGUUGUGUCUUUCUGUGGCUGAUGUGCUCAGCCUGUUAAACACAUACCCUAAAUGAAUCUUCUCUGUAGGGCUGCAUCCAGGCCAGUCACAGCCCGCCCUUGGAAUGAGCUGCUCUCUGGCUUGAGCAUGUUCAUACCUGGAUGUCACAGCAUCCCAGCCCAAGUCUAAAGCCAAGCCUUGACUUGGGGUUCUUAUUUCACUGGCAUUUCCCUCUGUCCCUGAUUGGAUUUUCUAUAACUGUCACUCCUCCAGGGAGACGCUGGGGCUCAGUAUGUUCCAGUGUGCCUUGCUCUGUGUUACCACAUGCCGGGAAUGCUCUCUGUACUCUAAGAACUGCCACGACUCUUUGAAACAAGGAAGAUGAAUAAAGAGCUUAAUUCUGA